AUGCACAUCCAUGCAAGAUGGUUGGAUGCAUUGUUUGUGCUUAACAGUGAUGGAACGCAAACGUUGGAAGCAAUACCUAACGCUGCUCGGGAUUCCUUGAGGGCACUUCUACUACUAGCACUUUUUGCACUCACUUUUACCUCUUCCAUGUUAGCAACUGUGUUACGUGGAGAAUGGGCUCGAACGAACGUAUCGUCCCUAAUUUCUUGUGUUGGCGGUGGAGUGUUUCUUGUUACUUGCUUGUUGGAUUUGUUACCUGAGGCGUUGGAGUCGUAUGAAAAAGUAGGAGUUAGAUCGAAGUUUCCAGUUGUUGAAGCAGCUGUCGCAGGUGGCCUGCUGAUGGUUCUAACGAUAGAACAAGUUGUUAUAAUUAUGCAAGAGAGGGGAUGGCUCAUUUCCGGUCGCGUUCAUGAACAUAAUGAAGAAGAAAGAAAUCCGCUUUCCCUUUCCUCUCCCCCUGUGGCGGAUGAAAGCAGUAACCAUGUGAUCGGCGUUUCUCUCCUCGUGUUAGCCCUGUCUUUGCAUGCCCUUUUUGAGGGGCUCUCGUUGGCAGUUAUAAACGACUCCUCGAAGCUGCUGGAGGUUUUUGCUGCGUUAAUUCUUCACAAAUGUAUCAUUGGCUUUAGCCUGGGCGUUCGGCUUGUUCAAAGUGGUUUGCGAACACCAUGUGUUGCACUUUGUUCAUGCUUGUUUAGUAUUCAGAUAUUGAUUGGUGGCCUCGGUGGCAUUGAAAUCAUGUCUGUGCUCUCUGGUGGUGAUCGAACAACGGCUGCAAUGGCUUCGUCAGUUCUGCAAGGCAUAGCUUGUGGUACAUUUUUAUACAUAACAACUUUUGAAAUUCUACCGUACGAACUGGAAAGGACUGGUAGCCGAAUUGCAAAACUCGCAUGUUUGUUCCUUGGUGUUUUGAUUAUGCUUGCUUUCUUAAUUUUUUUACCAGAUGCGGACUGA